AUGUGCUUCACUGACUGUAAGUUGUUUUCCACGCUGCAGAUCGUGGGAUAUUCUGAGCUCAACCUUUCGGCCAAUCAGUGGAAACACGACAUGAAGCGAUUUGAUUGGACGCCAAAGACAGGAGCUGAGCAGGAGCAGGAGGAGAGGAAGAAGGAGUCUGUUUGGGAAGUGACUCUGCGGCCGAUGGAGAUCCGGACCUUCCUGCUGCGUCUGCAGAUCUGA